UUCACUUUGUCGGAAGCAUCGUGUUGGUUUGGAAUUCCAAUUCUCGAACUCGGUCUUCCUUCUCUGCAAGAAAACCUAAGCGAAUCCAAUGAAAUAAUCUGAUUGAAAUUCAGGCUCGAAAACGCUGAAUGGGAACCAAUGGAAAAGAAAUGCACCUGGCUGUUAUUUUAAGGUGUCUCUUCGUUGCGGCCAUAGUCUCACUUCUGAUUGGUCCUAUGGUAGUUAGAACAGCUCUGAAUUAUGCCUACAAUAACUACACCCUGGGCCCAUGCAACUUCACAGACAAGGACGGUUUCUCAUCGCCCUGUUACUUCGACUUGCAUCACCCCCAACACAACCUCAGCAUGUUCAAUUGGGAUUUGGGGUGCGGCGAGGGAGCUUUUUGGAUGGGGGGACCACCUGUAGAUAAUAACGGCACAGCAAAAGGGGGUUAUGCCUUCAUGGACCUCUCUCGAAUGUCGAGCGAUGAGACCGGCCUUAUCCAUAGGGCUUGGCUUCCUACUCACCCCCUCAACGCCACUUCUCCCAAGGGUAAGUGCUUGCACUUCAGCUACAGCAUCGAUGGCCUGUCGGUGGGCGGUCUCAGGGUCUUGGUCAAUGCCACUGAUGUCACUUACACUAUUUGGGAAACAAAGGACUCCACAGACGGUGAUUGGAUGAGUGGAAAAGUGUCAUUCACCUGUGAAACACCUUUCAGAUUAGUCAUGGAAGCUUUCCCAAGAGAACCUUACUUGAGGAGAAGAGGAUAUGUUGCAGUAGAUGAUAUUUAUUUAAUGGAUGGAUUUUGCGCAGGUGAUUGCACAUUCGAGCACGAUUUCUGCAACUGGACCAAUUCGAACACAAGUGACGAGUUCGAUUGGAAGAUGGGGAGAGGAAGUCCCAGCUCUGUAACUGGACCGUCCAGAGACCACGGGAGUAGUGUCACAUGGAGAGAAACAGGUGGCUAUGCAUAUAUAGAUUCAUCCUUCCCAAAUAAACCAGGAGAUCGAGCUCACUUAUGGAGUCCAGUCUUAAAUCCUCAUGGUAAUGGUAGCGCCCUCUGCCUGAGUUUUUGGACAUCUCUGUAUGGUGCUGGUGUGGGUGCGCUCCGGAUCUACAUGUACGACAACACGACGAACAGUACUGGGGAUCCAAUAUGGGAACUUUAUACAGGUACCAGGACUCCCGACCAGUGGUACAAAGGAGAGGUACCAUUGUCAUUGCCCAGACCAUUCAGAGUCAUAUUUGAAGCUGAAAUAAACUUACCAGGAGAAAGUGAUAUAGCUAUAGACGACAUUGCUUUAAACAAUGGAACUUGUCCAAGUAUUCCUAGAGAAGCGAGCAAAUCAGGUGACUGUGCUUUUAUUGUGGAUUCCUGCGGCUGGAAAGAAAUGGAUACUAAGACCAGGCCCGAAAGUCCACCCCUUUGGGGCCGAGUAACCGGAGAUGGAACAGUUCUCAGUCCGGAGGGUCACUCAUCAAUGGCUGGAGUGUCCAGACAAGAUUCGUAUAUGAUGUUUAACACGGCCAGCUACCAACAUGCUCCCUUGGACAAAGGCCAGCUCAUCAGUCCACCUAUCCCACACUCAAACUUUACAUAUUGCCUGAGCUUCUGGACGUACAUGUAUUCCAGUACGGCUGGCGUGCCCAUUGGCGGUCUGCAAGUGAAAGUGCGCCGUUCCGACAACACCACUGUCAACGUUUGGAGGUUGGAUAAUCAUCAAGCUUCACACUGGGUACACUCCCAGCUGCAGUUACCUUCUCACCUAAAUGAAUCUGACAGGGUAAUUAUUGAAGCAAUCAAAGGAGGUGAUACAAGAGCUGCCAUUGCAGUGGAUGAUAUUACAUUUACGACACCUUACAACUGCACAAUUAAGCCUGCCAAAGCCAGUGUGCAUCUAGGUGACUGUGCUUUCGACCGAGAACUAUGUGGAUGGCGAGUUGUAAACUCAUCUGCUUCGGGUCCCAAGUGGAGACUGCCCGCCGGAAACACGAAACCGGCCACAGUCAAAGAUCACACAUAUCAAGUAUUAGGAGAUGGCUUUGUGUACAUGGACGUGUUUUCAGCACCUAGCCCAGUCAAAAGCACUUUGCAGAGUAGCCUUCUAUACGGCAAUCCGAACAUUACUUACUGCUUGAGCUUCUGGUACCUGGGCCUCGAGACGGAAGAGGGGGCCACUCUGCAGGUGAGGGCCCACUACAACGACACCCACCGAGAACUUUGGAAGCUGACUCGCGACACCACUCUGCAAACAUAUUACCACUAUGGUCAGGUGAAUGUCACGUUGGCAUCCAACUUUACGAUCGCAUUUGUAAGUACAGUUCAAAAAUCUGGAUGGGUCUUAGACGAUGUGAAGUUUUCUGUGUCACCAAUAUCAAACAUCACAACAUGUGCUCUACGCCCACCGAAAGCCAUGGUUCAACCAAACCAGUCGGUAUGAUCAAUACCUUCAAGACUCUAAAGGACCGAAAUCAAUCCAUGAUUUUCAUGGGUUCGUUUUCGAGUGGUUUUAUAUCUUCCAAUCCAACAAAUGAAUACAUUUCGGACGGUCACCUGCUCUCAGUGAAGAGGUUUUAAAUGAAAUAGAAAUCUCAAAAAGCUGCAAUUUCAUUUUUGUGAAUGGUUAUCCUUGUAUAAUAUUGUAUAUAAUUCAGACAAAUUGUGAAAGACAUUUAUAUAUUUCAAAGAGAAGACUUAUAAGUAGAUUGAAUAUACUUUAUCUAUGUCUAUGUUUCAAACUUUUCCCAUUUCAUAUUCCAUGUCAGGGCUUUUUUGUAAAGUCUUUUAU